AUUCUUAAUGCUAGAUUCGACCUUCUAUGGCUAAUCCAAGAUAAACCUGACCGCGACGCAGACAAGCGUCUUGCUGCUCACAUAACUUAUGUACAUAUGAACUCUAAGCAACCUGAGAUUGAUGGAAUGAAACCCGUUGACAUGAAACUGAUAAGGUUAGUUAAGAAAGAGUUCCUUUCGCAAGAUCUGAGAUGUAAGGUUGCAGGCGCCUUAUCGAAGUGGCACAGAGAAAACAACCAGUUGCUCGUCGAGAUGUACGUGGAUAUGCGUCGUGCUGCCCGUGAAAGUGAUGAUUCUACAUUUACAUCUCCUCGAUUGUUGCUUUCUGUGAUCAGAAUGUCGACCGCCCUGGCUCGUCUGCGCCUGUCAAACGUAGUCUUGCCGGACGAUAUCGAGGAAGCCAUUCGUUUGAUGCAAGCAAGCAAGGAUUCUUUGCGUCCUGAGAUGAUGCAACAGGAGAUUCGCCAAUCCCCAAUCGAUCGCGCGUUCGCCGUUUUGAGGGAACUCAACUCAUCAGGUGGUGAUUCUGUCAUCCCACUGCAGACAGCUGUGGAAGCUUGUGCUCGCAAAGGAAUUAGUGAAGAAGCACUUCGGGAUGCUGUUACGGUCCAUCAGUCGAAUGGUGUGAUCAUGGUAGAUGCUCAACAGAGAAUCCGCUUUGUCAUGAAUUAA